CAAACCACUUUUACAGAAGUUCACGUAAACUCGAACGCAUAUUUGUUUACUUCCUGAGGACCCAGACCGAGACCCAGACCGAGACUGGUGAUGGAGGCUGCAAUGGCGCUGCGGUAUUUACUUCCAUUUCUCCUCCUUUCGGCCGUCUCUGCUGAGGUUGAGAUUGACGACAGGAGGUGUAUUUGCUUCUGCCCCAACCCCUCGGUGGUAAAUGGGACAGCAGGCAAUGGGACGACAAGCAACCGCCUGGUGUACCGAGAGCCUGUGCCGCCAAGUAGCUGUAACUGUGACAGCAUGGUGCUGCCGAGGGUGGCUGACAUGAUCCGAGGCCAUGAGCAGGAGUUCUGUCCCCGGUGCGAGUGCAAAUAUGAGAGUCGCAACAGCACCACCAUCAAGGUGGUGGUCAUCCUGGUGAUCUGGGUCAUCUCCCUGCUGGUGGUGUACAUGAGCUUCCUGCUGUGCCUGGACCCACUGCUCAACAAGAGGCGGGCACAGCCGUCCUACCAGGAACACACUAAUGAGUACGAGGACAGCUCCUCCGUGGGCAGUGCUCCCGGCAUGUCCCAGCGCAUGCAUGUGCGGGCCAAUGUGCUGGGGCGGGUGGGCCACCAGCAGGACAAGUGGAAGCGCCAGGUUCAGGAGCAGCGGUACAACAUUUAUGACAAACACACCAUGCUCAACUGAGUGUGUGGCGGUGUGUGGUGGUGUGUUCAGGUCUGGUGUGCAUGAAGAGUUGUGUUGUGCAAUGCUGAGUUCAUUUCCUUUUUUCUCUGCUGUCAUUUUCUUUCCGUUCAAUAAUCUUGCCGCAAAAGACACAAUGAACUCAAAUUGCAUGUGAAUGAAUGCCAUCCUGUAAAGUUAGUGUAUGGUGAUAUUUAAUCUGUGUAGGUAUUCAUGGAAUAUAGUGGGUACUGUAUAUUUCUGGGACUUAUUUAAUUAGAUGGUAAAAUUACAGAGUAGAGGAUUAUAUGAAAUUGUUUAUAUCAAAUUGUAUUAACUUGUAUAUAUGGAGUGAUGGUUCUGAAGGUUUUUGGGGCCACUAAGCGAAGAACGUGUGACGUCUGUCGUAAAGUAUCAAAUUCUAUGAGGUUUUGUCAAUUUCAUACAGUUCUUUAUAUUUUCUUAUGUAUAAUUUAACUUAUAAGAGUCUGUUUUUAUUCAGAUCCAAGAUAUUUAUCCGUUGAGAAUGAGUGUGACUGCAGCGAGUAAUCAGUCACCGUGCCACUUAAGAGAUUUCCAAUACAUUUUAUGAGAAUUAAGGGUAAUGUUAAGUUGCAAGAAGAGCACUGUUCACCACUACUUAUUUAAUUAUGACAGUAUUGUAUAGAGUGUAAUGUGGAUUCCUUACUCUAAGUUAUGUAUAUUUAUCCUUACUGUGUGUGUGUGUGUGUGUGUGUGUGUGUGUGUGUGUGUGUGUGUGUGUGUGUGUGUGUGUGUGUGUGUGUGUGUGUGUGUGUGUGUGUGUGCUAUAGUCCAUGCCUGCCCAUCCCUUCGCAGUUACCAUUAUGUUGUAUAUUUUUCUUCCAUCAAACAGGAACGAAGUAAUAGUUAUCAUUUGCAGGUAUCAAUACUCAUGUAUCAAUUAAAGAAAUGUACGUGCAACUCGCCUUCCAGUCUGUUAUAGCGGCUGGACCUUAAAUACGUAAAGGGAAAGGUGAUCUUGGUCUUCACUUCUGUCUCCACUCUUACCCUACAGACACUCUUGUUCACUGCCUAAGCAUUCUUGUCUUUGCUCUUGCCUUUUGUCUCACUUUCCCCUCUUGUCUUGUCUGCUCUCUUCUGUAUUUUUGUCUGUCUUCCUCUCGUCUUAUCUCCUUCUCUCAUCUUUUAUUUUUGUCUCACCUUGUUUUGUCUCCUUUUUGUCUCUUGUAUUUUUGUUUUGUUUUCCUCUCUUGUCCAGUCUCCUUUUCCUCUUGUAUUUUUGUUUUGUCUUUCUCUUGUCUAGUCUCCUUUUCUCUUCUUUUCAUUUGUCUUUUUUGUCUUCUAUCUUGUUUUGUCUGUCAUGUUGUUAUAUCUCUCCUCUCUCAUCCUUCAUCUUGUCUCCUCUCCUCCUCUUUCCCUUCCUUUUAAGUAUUCUAACAUGACCAAAUUUUGCAAAGGACUUUCCCUCCCAUGUCCUCAGCAGCUGCUUUGCUCACUAAUCCUCAUUCUGGUGCCCCAUAUGUUCCUUUGCACCACCACCCGACAUAAAGGUGCAGCACUUUAUUAUCUAUACUGGCUCCCAUUAUUCUCACUUCAUAUCAUGUUUUUUGUACAUAAUUUUUCACUGUUCUCUAUAUUGACACCGGGCACCUCUCUCUGAUAACUUAUUCUUCUCUUUGUAUCAUGCAUACUUGAAUUUUGUAUUGAUUUUGGAACAAUGCAACGUCUAAUCCUGCUUACUCCACUCCUAUGGUAUAAAUAAAGCAUGAAUUAUCA